AGGGCCAUCUCUGGGAAAGAGGCCAAUUUUCACCUGAACCCAGCUGAAGACCAUGGUCUUUUUACCUAAUGGGUUUAAUAUCCAAGUAUCACCAAUCUGAAUGAACCAAUUCUGAGGAAACAGCAUCUAUGAUAUAAGUUAUUCUUUGCAUGUUAGAGAAUAAAAAUCAUUUAACCUUCUUGGGUAUUAUCUCCAUUCUGACUCUACCCUGCUCCACAGUAAAUCUGUUCUCACAACCAAGAAUUAGAGGAUAGGAAGUAGUAAAGCCAGCUAUUGUUGCUCAUGAGAACCCAAAGGACUUCUGCCGACCCAGCCUGUUCAAACCUGAGUAGCCUGACAUUUUUACGAAGGUGUACCCGUCACGAAUCCCAUGUGUGGCAGCUCUUGCAAGAGUUUGCGUCUGCGAGCAAGCUGCAGGCAGUGGGAGAGGAAAGCGGCGAUGCCGGAGGACAGGCUUGUGAGAGAGAUGAGAAACAAAAUGGCAGCGGGCAGAGUGAAGUCCUGGGCUGAUGCCUUUGGUGCAGACCUAUAUUACAUCGUCUCAAAGUAUUCUGGCUCUCUCUUAUUACAGAAGAAGUAUAAAGAUGUGGAGCCAACUCUGAAGAUCGAAGAGGUGGACGGCUUGGAGCUGGUGAAGAAGUUCUCUGAAGAAAUGGAAAGCAUGCUGAGAAGAAAAGUUGAAGCAGUUGAGCGGUUGGUUGAAGCAGCAGAAGAUGCAGAUCUGUACCAUGAGUUCAACUCUUCCCUUCAGUUUGAUUAUUACAAUGCUGUUCUCAUCAACGAAAAGGAUGAAAAGGAUAAUUACAUGGAACUUGGUGCUGAAUUCAUCUUGGAGCCAAAUGAGCACUUCAAUAACUUGCUGGUGAACACGACAUUCAGUGAUAUACAGCUUCCAACUAAUGUCUACAACAAAGACCCUGAUAUUUUGAAUGGGGUUUAUAUGUCUGAAGCCUUGAAUCCUAUUUUUGUGGACAAUUUUGACAGAGAUCCGACUCUUACUUGGCAGUACUUUGGCAGCUCGUCAGGAUUCUUCAGACUUUACCCAGGAAUAAAAUGGACACCAGAUGAAAAUGGAGUCCUCUCCUUUGACUGCAGAAAUCGAGGCUGGUACAUCCAAGCAGCUACAUCACCUAAGGAUAUUAUAAUAGUGGUGGACAUCAGUGGUAGCAUGAAAGGUUUGCGACUGACCAUCGCCAAACACACCAUUAUUACAAUUUUGGACACGCUGGGAGAGAAUGACUUUGUCAAUGUCAUUGCUUACAAUGACUAUGUUCAUUAUGUUGAACCCUGUUUUAAGGGGAUUCUGGUUCAAGCAGACAGAGAUAACAGAGAGCACUUCAAGCAGCUGGUAGAUGAACUGCAAGCAAAAGGAGUAGGGACUGUGAACAAAGCUCUGACCGAAUCUUUCCGAAUCCUGGGGGAGUUCAGAAAUGCAGGUCAAGGAGGCCUCUGUAACCAAGCCAUCAUGCUGAUCACCGAUGGAGCCAUGGAAGAUUAUGAAUAUGUGUUUAAAAAAUACAACUGGCCUGAUCGCAAGGUCCGGGUUUUUACAUAUCUUAUUGGGAGGGAAGUCAGUUUUGCCCGGAAUGUGAAAUGGAUAGCAUGUAACAACAAAGGAUACUAUACACAGAUAUCCACUUUAGCUGAUGUCCAGGAAAAUGUAAUGGAAUACUUGCAUGUACUCAGCCGACCAAUGGUUAUCAAUCAUGAUCAUGACAUCAUAUGGACAGAAGCCUACAUGGACAGUGCACUCUUUGCAUCCCAAGCACAAAGUCUCCUGCUCAUGACAACAGUGGCUAUGCCUGUCUUCAGCAAGAAGAAUGAAACAAGAUCUCAUGGCAUUCUCCUUGGUGUGGUAGGCUCAGAUGUUCCUCUUAGAGAACUCCUCAAACUGGCUCCACGGUACAAGCUGGGUGUCCAUGGCUAUGCCUUUCUAAAUACUAACAAUGGCUACAUUCUUUCUCAUCCGGAUCUCCGGCCAUUGUAUAAAGAAGGGAAGAAGCUAAAGCCCAAACCAAACUACAACAGUGUUGACCUUUCUGAAGUAGAGUGGGAAGACUUGGAUGAAAUUUUACGAACAGCAAUGAUCAAUGGAGAGACGGGUUACCUCUCAAUGGAUGUGAAAGUGCCUGUGGAUAAAGGGAAACGGGUUCUGUUCCUCACAAAUGAUUACUUCUUCACCGAUAUCAGUGACACACCUUUUAGUCUGGGAGUUGUUCUGUCACGAGGGCAUGGCGAAUAUAUCCUACUUGGGAACACGUCAGUGGAAGAAGGUUUGCAUGAUCUGCUGCAGCCAGACUUGACCUUAGCCAAUGAGUGGAUUUAUUGUAUUACAGACAUUGAUCCAGAUCACAGGAAGCUCAGCCAGUUGGAAGCUGUCAUCCGCUUCCUCACUGGAGAAGAACCUGACCUAGAAUGUGAUGAGGAGUUGGUUCAAGAGGUGCUCUUUGAUGCGGUUGUAACAGCACCCAUGGAAGCCUACUGGACAUCCUUGGCCCUCAACCUUUCUGAUGAGACCGAAGGGGGAGUGGAGAUGGCCUUUAUGGGAACUCGGGCUGGUCUCAUGAGAAGCGCCCUCUACAUUGGGUCUGAAAAGCUGUCUAACAGUAAGUUCCUGACCAGUGGUGAUAAGGAGAGCAUGUUCACCAUGGACCACUUCCCCCUGUGGUACCGCCGAGCAGCUGAACAUCCCUCAGGGAGCUUCAUUUAUAGCAUUCCUUUUGAAGAAAGUUCAGGUGCAAAGCCCAAGCAUGUAAGAGAACAGAUGACCACUAGAAGAACGAAAGAUUCAGAAGGCGGUCCACCUGAAGCGGUAACAGUGAGCACAUCCGUCGCUGUGGUUGUGGGUGGGAAGACAGGAAUCGCCGCAGCUGUGGGUGUGCAAAUUAAACUGGAGUUCCUCCAACGCAAGCUUUGGAUGGCUUCCCAGCAGCCUAAUGACACUGAUUGCAGUGGGGUGGAUGGCCUGUGUCCUAUGAGCUGCCAGGAUGAUAAUCUGAACUGCUUCCUCAUUGACAAUAAUGGAUUCAUACUUGUUUCCAAAGUCUCCAAACAGAUUGGAAAGUUUUUUGGGGAAGUGGAUGGCUCUGUUAUGACCCAGCUCCUGAACAUGGGAAUGUUCAGACAAGUGAAAAUGUUCGAUUACCAAGCCAUGUGUAAAAUGCCCCACCAUCACCACAGCGGCGCUCGUCCUCUUCUCAGUCCCAUUUAUGCCUUCCUGGCAACAGUAAAGUGGCUGAUAACGGACUUCCUCAUAUUCCUUUUGGAGUUUAACAUAUCUAGCUUCUGGCACUCAGACAACUUGGCAGAUGCCAAGUCUGUUUUCCAUCAUGCUCACAAGCAUAAGAAGCAUGAUGCGUUGCAGCCGUGUGACACAGAAUACCCAGUAUUUGUAUACGAGCCUGCCAUCAAAGAGACCAAUGGGAUCAUUGAAUGUGGAGACUGUCAGAAGAUGUUUGUGGCGCAGCAAAUCACCAACAGCAAUCUCCUGCUCCUGGUUACCGAUGCCAUCUGUGACUGCAGCGUCUUUGCACCUGUCCUACUGCAACCUAAAGAAGUCAAAUAUAAUGCUUCAGUGAAGUGUGACAGAAUGCGCUCCCAGAAGUUGCGGAGACGGCCGGACACCUGCCAUGCGUUCCAUCCGGAGGAAAACGCCCAGGAUUGUGGAGGGGCCGCAGAGAUUUCUGCGUCACUGACCCUGCUUCUCCUGUCCCUGGGAACCACAACUCUUCUGCUGCGGUGACAAAGUCCUUUGCAGUCCAUAGUGUGAGCCAGAAGAUAACACAGCUUGGCAUUUUGAGGCCUACACUACUUGGACACUCAGUGAACUUCUUCAAGUCCAUGGGCAAGGCAGUGGAGGCCCAGUCACGACUUGGGCUCUCUGAGAGCUUUUUGCACUGUGAUUGGAGAAGGAUUUUCUUCAAGAAAUUUCCAACUGAUUGGAUCACUGUGGCUGCAGACCAAAUAGGAUCAGCCACCUAGACAAACAAGCUCGCUGCUGACCCUCCCUGCCACAGCGGCAUGGAGGAGCUCACCCUCCGGGAUCCAGCUGGAGGACCAUGCCCAGCGAAGACCCAUGGGUGGUGGACAGUGCUCUCCAGGUGGGAUGGAUUUUGAUCCAACCCUAUUCUUCAUGAUUUUGUGGCUGUCUUCUGCCCCAGAAGAGAGAUUUGCAGACUUCAUCAGUGCUGCCUAUUGCUGCAUUUCAUCUGAACAAAGUGAGAAGCCUGGGUAGUGCUGCUAUUCUUCCUUGCAUGACCCACGGCAACCCGCAGCUUGCCUUUCCACCCCCAUUGCACCACUGCCACAAAAACAGUGAAGACCACUGUAGAGCUCUCCUUUCCCCCUCAGCCUGCAUGGCGGUGGCAGGAGGACCCCCAAAAGCAGGCCAUGGAGGAGGAGGCGGGACGCAGAGACUGGAGCCAAGGUGCAUCCUCACCUUAUGCUGGCUGUGGAAGGGAUGGCCUCACACCUGCUCCAACAGGAGCGCUGCUGUCUGGCCGCUAACGUCAGGUGCCAGAAAGAGCCUGAGCAAUGGCCUUGCGGCAGAGGCCUGGAGGACCCACUCAACGCCCCCAGCUCAGAGCUGCAGGCGCAGUGGGCUGAGAAGCUCGGCUUCUGCCUCCUGCACAUCCAGCCAGGAGGCAGGAGACCCAACACCCCACCUCCCCCACCACCUGGAGGGUGCGAGGUAAUUGUGGCAGCAAGGCCUCAGGUCACCUUGGGGGAGAGAAGCCCUGGUGGUGGUGGUGGUAUAGGUAUACUCCUGAGAAGAGGCGAUAGACACAGCCAGGGUUGGGCAGUUCAGCUGUGCUCCCACCUGGGCGACCUGGCCUGGGCCCAACAGCAUGCUUGCAGCCUGGCUUCCCUCCAAAGGUUGUUGGGAUAAAGAGGAGGAGGAAGAGACAAGUGCAUACCUCCCCAUGUUCUUGGGAAGAAAGUAGUGGUGGGGAGGACCAGGAGAAGCUGGCCAGACCAACCAUUGGGCCAUCUAGCACCGUACUGUCCCCACUGAGUGACAGCGGCUAGCCAAGGUUACAAGGCAGGAGUCUCAGCCAGUCCUGUCUGGAGAUGCUGCCUGGGAGUGAGCCUGGAACCUUUGCACGGGAAGCAGAUGCUUUUCCACUGAGCGGUGGCCUCAUCCCCUAAACACAUGGCUUAGAAGCCACUGGUGACCCACACUGGUGCCAGUUGCAUGCGCACCCCACUAGCCUAGUAUGCCCUCCCUUGCUGUUGCCCCCACUAUAAAAAUUGUGAAGAUCAUUGUGCCAGGGUGUGCCCUGCCCCAUUGACUGUACUGGGCAGGUUUUUGCCUUUGACAACCAUCAAGCAGAAAGUUAGUACCGAUGUAUCUAAACUGGACCGUAAGUUCUGUUUCAAAGAAGCAAGGCUGUGACAUGUAUGCCUGUGUCGAGUAAGAAAAUGUUACCAUAGGUACUGUUUUGCCAAUCAUGGUAGAUUUAGCUACACUGGAUAUCACCCUGACAUUUGACCAUUGGAGCUCUUCUCAGAUGCAGAGAACUCUGUGGCAGAACAGUGAAUGAAAACAAUGGUUAGUGUCAGCAGUUUAGUGUGAAAAUAGCUUAGUGUUCCUUGAACACAUCACAGUGCUUUCCAUUUAAAAACAAAAUGAAAUGGUUGUAGCUUCAUUGCUGGGCUUCACAAUAUUCCUUGGAUGAAUUUCUUUCUAGUUCUCUCCAUACCAGGGAAUUUGCAGGGGGAAGCUGGUGUGGAUAUGGAGAGAUAAGGCACUAUAGAUCCCUCACAUAGUUUAUGAAAUUGACAGCCUGACACAUAGAUUGAUCUUACUUUAGGACACACAUAAACAAGCAUAAAGGACUGUUCAGGGGAAUUUAUACAUCCACAGAAUCAACAUAACUGGAAUGUGAGUCAGAUUUUCAAUAAGCCACUGUAAUAGGACAGAUUGCCAUUUUUAGAUUAGAAUGAUUACUGGAAGUGUAUUUUCUAAACAACCCAAUACCCUUGUGGGUAGCCAGACUGCAUUUACCACAUUUUUAUUAACAUUUUAUUUUUAACUGUGUAUUGCUUGGUACACAGACCACAAGCUGGCCACCCAUUAGCAGGUGCUCUUACCACAAGAUCUACAGAAAUCAAGUCAUUGUUGGGUAUUUCUUUUAGCAGGAUCAAUUAGAAAUAAAGCCAUAUUUCUAUAGUGUCAAAACAACACUUUCCUUAUUGAUUUUUGGACUUCCUGUCUGAGUCCCAAAAGAAGAGAUUUGUGACCAAGUGGAGAAGAGGUUUUUUUGUAUAAUGUGUUUGAUAUACAGCCUCUUUUUUUAAAAUAUGGCAUUUUCACUA